GAUACCCAUGGUGUAUACGUCGAAGUAGAUGCAUUGAUAAAGUUUGUCAGCAACGGGGUUUGUUUCGAAUGUGUUUCCGUCCUUUCGUCUUCAAGCGCUGAGGCGAAGUUUUAACAACAUGGUAACCAGGAGUGAUGUUCCCAUCUGGUCCAGGGCGUUCAGCACAGAAUGGCAAGCCACACCACCGGGAACGGCCAUGGAAGAACGUCCACCAUCACCUCCUCUCACUCUCAGACAGGAGAAACUACAGCGUCAGCGUCAGCUUCUGGAGGAGAAGCAGAGGCACAAACGCCAGGCUCCGGCACUGCUGCAGGCAUCGGAUGGCAGGCCUAUCUCCUCGGGGAGAGCACGCAGGAUACUGCGAGAUGAGACGCGUCCGCUGAUGGCAGGCUACUCCAUUGAGAAGAGUAUUCAUCACACGGUGCCAUGUUACGAUGGCCCCAUGCAAUUCACUAUGAACUCGGACAACCCGGACGCAUCAAGCGACACCGUUGCCAGUCCAGUUCAUAUUCUCGACGACAUCAUGGACGGAGAAAAUCCUGUGGCAAUUCUUCGCAACAACAGCUCUCCAGGAGACGACGUAGGCAGCAACUUUAAGCAGAUGAAGUUAGACCCUGACGUGGCAAGUUUAGACGAAGAAGACCUUGAAAGUAUUCCAAUGGUGCCACUUACACACUCCAAGACAUCAGGUUCAUUAGGAAAAGGAGCUCCCCUCUUUUUGGAUACCCCAACAGACCUCAAAGAUACGAUUGCGCAGAUCGAAGAUCUGAGUUCGCUGGAGCCCGAAAGAUGUGACGAGGAACUGAAAAAGAAUACGACGCACGAGCUGAGCCUGAACCUGGGUCCUCUGGAAGAACUCCUGGACAAAGGGCGUUUAUCCGAGUUUGCGACGGCCCCCUGCCCACAAGGGGCAACAGUGCGUUGCAGGAUUACGAGAGACAAGAAGGGUGUCGAUCGAGGCUUUUAUCCCACCUAUUUUCUACACCUUGAAAGGGAAGAUGGAAGGAAGGUCUUUUUAUUGGCGGCCAGAAAACGCAAGAAGAGUGCUACAUCCAAUUAUCUGAUAUCGGUGGACGCGACGGACCUUUCGCGUGGAGGAGAAGCGUUUGUGGGAAAACUUCGCUCCAACCUUCUAGGCACGACGUUCACAGUCUACGACGCGGGCGACAGUCCCAAGAAGGCGGGAGCCCUGUCCGAUAAAACGGGAGUCAGAGCGGAAGUGGCAGCUGUCGCUUACGAGACCAACGUCUUAGGCUUUAAAGGCCCUCGUAAGAUGACAGUGAUCCUUCCAGCCAUGAGCGGAGACCAGAAACGGAUCGACCUGAAGCCUUCUUAUGAACACGAAUCGUUGAUAGAAAGAUGGAGAAAUCGGAACAUGGAAAAUAUCUUAGAGCUUCACAACAAGACUCCUGUGUGGAACGAAGACACACAAUCGUACGUGUUGAAUUUCCAUGGGCGAGUGACGCAGGCAUCGGUGAAGAAUUUUCAGAUCGUGCACGAGAAUGAUGUUGAUUACAUCGUGAUGCAAUUUGGACGUGUCGGCGAAGAAUGCUUCACCAUGGACUACUGCUACCCACUGUGUGCCCUGCAAGCGUUCGCUAUCGCGCUAUCGAGCUUCGAUUCCAAACUAGCAUGCGAAUGAACGCUUCUGACGUUACGAAAAGAAGGUCCCGAGAACCCCACCAUUCCCAUAGCACCGCACUGAGGGCGUGUUCGCACUGCCUCUUCGAGCGAGCACAGACCAAUGAAACGCAGGUCUCCGCCGUGCAUCAUGUGACAUGGAAGCGUACACGUCUUCGAUGUUUGACCACAGAAUGUUCUUCUACGUAUGGCCUCUAUCGCGGCGGCACUGCCAGUUUCUUACUAUAGGUGGACGAUCCCAUUCUGUGUGACACUGCUCCAAUUUGAGGAGGAUGCUUUUUUUUUUUUCCCCGAUUAUCUCGAAGUCUAAUUCUCAUGAGAUUUCACGUUGCACUUUGUAAGGUCAGAGUAACUCCUGAAGUAAGGGGCUGAAUUAUUCAUGUUGCUUGUUCGCACUGACCCCCGCGUAUAAAGCUGCACAGGGUUAAAUCAGAGAGGACAGGACGAAAUAAGAAAGCAUCGUUGUCUGGAGGACAGCUCGUUUGCGGAUCUCCUAGACGUCUUGUAGAAUAAGGAUAACUCAACAAAAAUAAAAAUGGUCAUCUCAA